AUGUCCAAGCAAAAGUCAGGGCUGGGGAGUGGCUUGCCCAAAAACGCCAAUGAUGCCGAACAAUCAGCCCAAGUCGAGCUCUAUAAUGUGACGCUUGCCGAGUCCGCUGAGCAGCGUGAAAGAGAGAUGACUUUUGGCGAGGCCCUCAAGGCAGACAGGCGCUUGAUCAUGUAUUCGAUCGGCUUUUCCGGAACCAUCAUAAUGGAGGGUUACGGUCUUGCCCUGAUGACAUACCUCUUUACCCUGGAACCCUUCAACCGCAAGUACGGCGUUCUAACAGCCGAUGGGAAAUAUGAGGUUGAAUACAUUUGGAAGGUUCUUCUGCCGCUCACGGCGCAGAUUGGCUCCAUCAUCGGGAUCUUUGUUACAACGCCGUGUACCAAAUGGUUCGGUUACAAGUGGACGACACUCCUGAUGCUUAUUUUCUCAGCCACUCUCAUCGCCAUGCCUUUCUUCGCGCCCAACAUCAUGAUAUUGUGCGUCGGGUUCUUCCUCCAGGGUAUCCCAUGGGGUGUCUUCCAGGUCGUCAGCCCUGCCUACGCCUCCGAGGUGUCCACUAUUCAGCUUCGUCCCAUCUUGACUACGUGGAACAAUCUUUGCUGGGUUAUUGGCCAGCUGCUGUCAGCAGGAGCCAUCAAGGGCUUCUCGGUGGCUUUCCGCACUGAAUGGGCCUUCAGGAUCCCUUUCGGUCUUCAAUGGAUCUUCACAUUCCUGCUCGCCAUUGGUAUUUGGUUAGCCCCCGAGUCUCCAUACUGGUACAUCCAAAAGGGUGAGAUAGCCCGUGGCCGGCAGGCGAUCGUUAAGCUAGUUCGCAAAGGAGAUCCGAGCAUGGCCGAAGAGAAGCUUGCCCUGAUGCAGCACACCAUUCAGCAGGAACAUAUGAAGGACGCUGAGAUCGCCCAGCUUGGCAAGUGGGAGAGAAUCAAGCUCAUGCUCAAAGGCUCUGACGCCCGGAGAACCGAGAUCGCCUGCAUUGCGUGGACUAUCCAGGCCAUGUGCGGCUCCAGCAUCAUUGCAUGGGGUCCCAAGCUUUUCGAGAAUUCCGGGUUGGACGCCAGCCAGUCUUUGUCUGUCAACAUGGCUUUGCCCGCUGCAGGACUGCUUGGAACACUGGCCUCCUGGUGGUUGAUGGCGUACAUGGGUCGGCGAUCCAUUUACUUCUACGGCCUCCUUGUGAUGGCGUUACUCCUGGUGGCAUGCGGUGGUGCUUCCUACGCCCCAGCUAACGUCUCUGGAUGGGCAGCUGGUGGAGUGUUGACCGUCUACACCAUGGUGUACGACCUUACUGUCGGCCCGAUCUGCUACUCAAUUGUAUCUGAAAUACCGUCUAUUCGCUACCGCGCUGUCACCCUCUCAGCAGCUCGCGGCGCAUACCUGGGAUCCAACUUGAUCAACCACUUCUUGACACCCAAGAUGUUGAGCGCGCCUAGUGAAGGCGGCUGGGGACUCGGAUCGCGGACGGGCUUCGUCUACGCAGUCCUUUGCCUCAUUAGUGCUACCUACACUUGGUUCCGCAUCCCUGAGACUAACGGCCUCUCGGCUCGCUCUCUGGAUAUUUUGUUCCAGCACGGUGUUUCGGCAAGACAGUUCAACAAUGCCACGGCUGCUCAAUAUGAGCAGCUAGAUCGCGAGAAGAACACUCGGUUGACCAAUACCGCGUCGCAGAAUAGUGUUUUUUCAGUACAUGCGGUUUCGAGCAAGGCUCAAUGA